AUGGGCUCUGGUGCAUCAUCCUCUGCUGUACAAUCCGUGAAGGACGCGAGUGCGGAGGAAAUCAGUUCGGUUGUGGGAGAGCUGUCCGCUGAGGACAGGGAGAAGCUCCUCGCCGCACUCGAGAGGGAGAAGCUUCGCGCCGCACCCCAGGUCGGCUCCGGCAGCGGCGCGGGCCUGGUCGACGUCUCCUCGCUCACGAAGAUCGCCAAGGAUGACCUCGGCCUCCUGCCGCAGCCGGCCGCCCCGAAGUUCAAGGGCGCGGUCAUCCAGAUCUACGUGCGGGACCAGCCCUACGGCGGCGCUGACAAGAGCUCCAACGGCCACCGCUACGACUCCGUUCCGUUUGCCAACGGAAUGAUCUUGGCUGGCAUGAGCUGCCAGCUGAUCCACUACGUUCACCAGGAGCACGACAAGUUCUUCGAGGUUGCCGCCAAGUUUGACUUCCUCAUCGUCCGCUGCAACCCGGGCCAGAUCAAGGCCGACGGCGGUGACCAGCAGAAGUUCGAUGACGCCAUUAUGGGCCUGCGCGCGAAGGGCAUCCAGGCCUGGCCCUCGCCGACCGUGAUGGAGAAGAUGGGCGCCAAGGACGCCCUCUGCAAGAUCGCCAAGCUCAACAUCGGCCUCGAGGACACUCUGGCGUACUACGACGAGGAAUCGUUUGCGGCGGGCUUCAAGAAGACCAUGGCCUUCCAGCCGCGCGUGAUCAAGCAGAACCGCGGCUCCGCGGGCGAGGGCAUCUGGAUCAUCAAGCUGAAGGAGGGCAACUACUGCUCGACGUUCGGAGAGCGCAGCUGCGAGGACGGCGAGGUGCUGGACAUGAUGGAGGCCAACGACAACCAUGCGGAGGAGCACACCGUGGGGGAGUUCAUCGAGUUCUGCGUCAAUGGCCGCACCGACAAGUCCGGCACGUGGACGUCCCAGGGUGUGGGCAAGUACCUGGAGGGUGGCAAGGAGGCUGGAGGCCAGCUUGUGGACCAGCGCUUCUGCCCCCGCAUCGUGGAGGGCGAGCUGCGUUACAACUGCAUCGGGGGAGUCCUCGUCGGCAUCAUCCACAAGAAGCCCAAGGAGGGAUGA